AAGAGCGCACACCACAGCAAAGCUCGCGGAGCCCUGUGAACACACACGAGAUGGGUUGGUGGGGAUGAACAUAGACACAGACCGACGCUGAGCUCUAUUGUAUAUAGCGUCACAUCACCUCGAGCGCUGCGCGUGGACUGUCCUCGCUGCAGUCGUCACUGCGUCUCUGCUUUGCGCCCCAAAGAAAGCUUACCGCAGCUGUCAGCCUAUUAGUGAGCACUUUUAUCGCGUUUACCUUUUACAGUCGCCCGAAGCAGGAAUCGCCAGACCUCCCUUUGGUUUUCCUUUCGACACCAUGGGGAAACAGAACAGCAAGCUGACCCCUGAGGUAAUGGAGGACCUGGUGAAGAACACAGAAUUUAAUGAACAUGAACUCAAACAGUGGUACAAAGGCUUCCUGAAGGAUUGCCCCAGUGGCCGACUUAACCUGGACGAGUUCCAGCAGCUGUAUGUUAAGUUUUUCCCUUAUGGUGAUGCCUCAAAGUUUGCUCAACACGCUUUCAGAACCUUUGACAAGAAUGGAGAUGGCACCAUCGACUUCAGAGAGUUCAUCUGUGCCCUUUCCAUCACAUCACGAGGCAGCUUCGAACAGAAACUCAACUGGGCCUUUAACAUGUACGACCUGGACGGAGACGGCAAAAUCACACGAGUUGAGAUGCUCGAGAUCAUUGAGGCAAUCUACAAGAUGGUGGGGACUGUUAUCAUGAUGAAGAUGAAUGAGGACGGCUUGACGCCCGAGCAGCGGGUCGACAAAAUCUUCAGUAAGAUGGAUAAGAACAACGAUGAUCAGAUCUCAUUGGAAGAGUUCAAAGAAGCAGCAAAGGGUGACCCGUCCAUUGUAUUGCUGCUGCAGUGUGACCUGCAAAAAUGAGCGUCUCAGAAAAGAGCCAGGGACUGCACAAAUGAUUAAUGUUCCAUUCAGUUUGCAGCUAUUUCCACUGAUAAAAAAAAAAUUGCUUGGACUACCUUUCAAUGAAUCCGCUUCCUGUGUUUGAAACACUUGUGUGCAUGAGAAUGGUCUUUGCUAACGAAUUUCACAUAUGCCCCCACAAGAACACCUUUGCACACACAAAUUCUCUCUCUCUCUCUCUCUCUCUCACACACACACACACACACACACAUACAGAACAUGCCAUGCACAAAUAGAAUUUCUGAAUAUAUUAUAUGGAUAUUAAUAUACAUAUAUAUAUUGACUGGUCAAAAUUAACUGCAAAAUAUAAAGAGUGUGCAAAGUACCUUCUGAAUCCACUGGAGCUUGCGCAUCACUGAUGUGCUGUAUUAAAUCCAGCUACUAUUUAUUGUACUGAUGCUAGCUAUGUGUACCAUAUACUGCAUAAUGUCAACCGAAUCGAUUCUUAUGGUAAUCGAAACUGUUCCGGGUUUACCCACUCGUCUGGAUGGACAAAAAGAUAAGCUUAUGUCCACUGAACUUUUCCCUUCAAAUGUGCUUGUACUGUUGGUGAAUAUAAAUGUAGUUUAUUUGCAUGCCAUUAGGUUUGCCUUAAGAGUACUUCCCUCAUUUGCAUCCUGCAUAAUGAAUGAUAACACGCCUUAUUUAGAAGAAACAUUAGAGAUCUGAAAUAGAAUUAGAUGGUUAAUUCAUUGGUUUUGAGAAGGUCUGUGAUGCAUUGAUGGGAAAAGGCUAGUUUACUACACCUUCUAUGUCUAGCAUGUACAUCACAUGAGAGGGAUUCAGUGUGGCCGAAUGUAAUCUCUGAGAAUAAUUCAGCAGCUGAUAGCAUAUAUUCAUUCUCAUGGUGGAAAUAUUAUGCCAUAAAAAAUAUUCCCAUAUAAAACCUACAAGCUGUGCAGUUUCAGAAUGUCAUCAAAUGUAAUAAAAUUGCAUAUCAGUGUGCAAAUUUAUGUGGGGCCUGUGCAUGGAAUGAAUUUAUAAAAAUCAUUUUUGGGUUUAAAGUGAUAUAAAAUCUAGACAGCCAAGAUGUCCAAGACUGUAUUUAUUUCUACUUUUUACAUAAUGGUUUUAAAGGUGAACUCCACCUGAGGGUUUCAAAGGUUAACCCUAAAGUGAUUACUUUUUAAAUCCUGACAUGUGCACCAACUGCACAUUUUGAGCACCGACUCGAUUUCUAAAUAUGCACUUUUCUGUGCUCCAUUUGAAAGUACAUUCUGCCAGUGUCAAGAGCUUUACACAAGCAUAAUCUUGGUCAUUGUAAUGUUUACCUAGGCACUGCUCCAAAUUCAUGGCAAACUUUUCCAAUUUAAAAGUUAUUUUGUACAUGUAGCAUGUAUUGUGCCCCUGAUGUCAUGGCUGCUCUACUUCUUGUGUUGUGGUUUAAACUAAUAAAAGAAUACAAGGGAUUUUUUCCUCAA